AUGAAAUUAAAUAUAGUAAAAAAAUAUUAUUAUAUAAAAAAUAAAAUAUUAUUUAAAAUAAUAUAUAAUAAUUAUAUUUUAAAUAAUAAUAUUAUAAUAAAAAUAAAUGUAUAUGAAUAUAAUAAUUAUAAUAAUAAUAUAUGUAAUAAAUUAAAAAUAUUUAAAUUUAGUGGAAUAAUAUUUAAAAAGAAUAAUAAAAAUAAUUAUAUUAUUAUAUUAAAAUAUAAUAAUUAUGAUAUAUUAUAUUUAUAUUUUUAUUUAAAUUCUUUAAAUAUAAUAAAAGUAUUUAAAAUAGGUAAAUUAAUUUUUUAA